UUCCUUCUAAGUUACAAAAUGAAAUAAUGGUUUUAAUUUUGUUUUGUUUUCUUUCCAUAAAUAAACAGGAGACUCAACAAUGGAUAUAUGGGAACGUUAAAAUGCCAUCUGGAAGUGGUGCUGUUGUGCCUUUGGCUAAGGUUUCAUGAUAAGUUAACGCUGCUAUUGAAAGAGCCAACUGUGUCUCUUCCCCUCGUUACCUGUUUUCUUUGUCCAUGCUAGCCCUAACAUGGCUGUGUAAUGAAUUGAGUUGAAGAACUGAUCUGAGAUAAAAUGAUAUGGCAAAGAAAUUAACGGUGACAGAAGUGGAGGAGGCGGUUGAAGAGCUGCUGCGGAGGCUGGACGAGUUCUGCGGGAUAACGGACGCGAUUAGAAGUGAUACAUCACAGAUCCUGGAUGAGACCAUUCCACUCAUUAAAGACAAGGUGAUGGAAAUGAACCACAUCUAUGCCAAAGUUGAUAAAUUAGAGGAAUUUGUUAAAAUGGUUGCACACCAUGUUUCCUUCCUAGAAGAGCAAGUGCUUGAAGCAGAGAAGAGCCAUGGCACCCUUCUUAAUACUGUUUGCAAAUUAUUUCAGUGCGCAACUAUUUCAUCAUUUAAAAACAGACAUCCUCUAUCAGCAGCACGCUCCUAUGACCUGCCAAAACUCUACCGAACUGAAGACUUUUUUCCCAUGAACUAUAUUUCAGAUAGCGUCUUUAAGAUGGAAGACACACUUUGCUUUGCUGCAAUUCAGGUAAACUGGCUGAAACAAAUUCUUUAGAGAAGAGUCUUAAUGGUCUUUCUGCUCUGCGGUGCUGGCCAAAGCCUGGACAGACGACUGUUUCAAGGUCUCCCACCAAAGACAGCAGAAUUCAGGUGUCAGCUUGAGGUAGCUACUCCGCAAGCACAGCUGGCACGUUCCUGGAGUUCUGCUACAGAACUUCAGUAACGUAUGUAAAAAUCAGGUAACUUCCAUCUCCUAUAAUUAUAAUGGUGUGAUAAGUUAAGAUCACACAAACUAGGUUUAAGGUUCCUAUGGUUUUAUUGGGCCAUUUACCUCUUCCGCUUUCCGACUUCCUCAAAAAUGCGUGGUUAGCCUCAAAUCUAGAAAGGAAUUCUUGCCUAGGCUAAAAUCCAGGCUUGAAGAUUAAUUUGUUUGAAAUACUAGAAAGUUUAUACCAAAACUUAAAACAACAACCCCGUCCUUCUUGAUAUUCCUGGUAAGACAAGACUAUUUUUGUGCAAGACCUUUAAUUCAAUCACUAUAUAAAAUGGGUAUUUCCUGUCAUGGACUUUUCUGGCAAAUGAAGCAUUUCUAGGGUUCAGGUUUCAUAGGCUUGCAAUUCACUGACUGCACACAGGAGCUCAGAGUUUGGAGAUUUGACUACAGAGUUCACUAAUAUUAAAUUACACUAAUAUUAAAUUAACCUUGCCAGAUAGCGAGACAAAUAUGAUGCAGACUCAUAAGAUACCUGAUUUUUUAUUUCAUUGCUUAACAGAUGAAGGUUGUUGUACUACCAUUAAACUGUUGGGGUUUUUUUUAAAGUUUUUAAAAAAUGUAUUUAAAAAAUCCCUUACAGCCUAGAUGAAAUGACACAAAACAAAUUCUGAAAUGUCUUAAGUUUUCAGACAGUGGCCUCCUGUGAAGUAGAGCAGCCCACAGAGGGAGAACAGAGCAUAACCAAGUUUUCUUUAGUGAGGAAGAAACCUUUUCCAGGACUUUAAGGGCCUGGUUUUGUUGGGAAAAAGAUGACCAACC